UUUGAAUUUUAGCGCGCAACUGCAAAAAGCGUCUUCUCCCAGAAAAACGAAGGUUUGAAAGAUGGAGCUAGAAGACGUCGUGUGCGACUUUGUUCACAUCAAACGCAAUGGAACGGAUGGAACAGCGUAUCCUCUUGUCAAGAAGUCCGAAAUGGUGCUAGGAAAAGACCAUACCUGUGACUUCAAGGUGCAGGUACCCAGCGCUUGUGACAGGCACGCAAAGCUGAGGGUCGACAAAAGUGGCAAGGUAUUUGUGAGCAGUUUGGUGUCAACUGUGCCAGUGAGCCUGAAUGGAGCAGAUGUCUUGAAGGAGACCUCCGUUGCUGACAAAAGCAUCAUUUCUGUGGGCUCCUGCACAUUUCGCUUUAUCUACCGCGAUAGUUUCACGCCUUCUCCGCUGCAGGAGUCCAACAAACCAAUGGCUAGUCCAGCAGGAAAGCAGAGGAAGUCGGUCGGCACUCCAAAAUCCAAGGAAAAGGAGAACGUAACGACACCUCGUUCCGCCAGGAAGUCUAUCUCCCGCGCACCUCGAAGUACCCCGGCAACCACUCCAGCCUCUACCACACCUCUCAAUAAGUCACAUGGCUCCACUCAGGGUGGAGCUCGACCCCCCCACCCCCAUCUCCAAGAAGAAGGAGCAUGUACCCACCCCCACUGUGGCCCGUAACCGUCAUUCCUCCGUCCGCUCCUCCCUGUCCUCUCUCUCAUCUUCCCUCCAGUCAAUUGCUGAAGAAACCACACCUCAAGCUACUCCUACAACUCCGAAACCUGAUUUGGUAUGUAGCAAACGAUCUCUCAUUCACAGGCUCUACCGUGUGUGUGUGUGCUCCCACACUUGCAGGCAACUGUGACUCCACCGUCCAAGAAACCCAAGCGUUCUGACACACCCACUAUAUCUCGCAGUCGGUCAUCGCAGUCCCGCUCCUCUUGUUCGUCCAUGUCCACCUCCCUAAUGUCGAUUAGGGAGGAAAACGAGUCUCUAGCGAGCCCGGUCUCCCCAGCAACCUCCCACAAAUACUCCACGGGGUCGGUCACCACCACAUCUGCCAACGCCAACUUCAACUGGCUCACAUCGAAAAGCUCUUCAAAGCCUGCGUAUCGUAGGAGCGUGUCGUUUGGUCCGGCUCUCUCUCCAGAGGUGUUCCUCAAACACAUGCCACCCAGCACUCCGGUCAAGGUUGGCAAUGUCCCCGGUGGACUACGGCGCUCUCUGCCUGCUAGAACCGAGGCUCUGGGGUUUGUCGCCGAGGUCUGUGAAGAGGAAGAAGAGGUGGAGGAAGGAGAGGUGAUAGAAACGGAGGAGGAAGUGGUGGAAUAUAGCAUGACUGGGUUCGAGGAAGCCUCUAGCGAUGAGGACGCCGAGGAAGAUGAGGAGGAGCCUAUUCCAGAGAGUGAGGGAGAGGGUGAAGAGUCAGACACCACUCCAGUUGCCUCUCCGGUAAAACAACCUGCCCUCUCCACUCCAAUUCAGAAGGAGAUACGCUCAAAGCCAUCUCUGAGACAGCACUACAAGAAGCUGGCCACUCCGCUGAGAAUAGCAAUUCAAGACAAGCCUCGACUGAGGUCGACUCGCAGAGCACUUCCGACACCACUCCGCAGGGCAAUCAGAGACCGGCCGUCGCUCCGUAAGACCCACCGCUCUCUUCCUACCCCCAUUCGCAGCCGGAUUCGUGCCCGACCAAGCCUCCGCAGCACACGCAAGGCAUUGGCCACUCCUAUUCGUCAGCAAAUCGAGAGUAUGCCCUAUACCCUUCGUAAGACCAGGCAAACAUUGGCCACUCCAGUUCGCAAGGAAAUUGAAUCGAAGCCUGCGCUUCGUAAGACCAGGCAAAUAUUGGCCACUCCAGUUCGCAAGGAUAUUGAAUCGAGGCCAGUGCUGAGAAAGACCAAGAAAUCGAUGCCUACCCCAGUCCGUAGGGCUAUUGAAUCUCGGCCUACUCUCCGCAAGACCAAGAACACUCUGCCCACACCUCUCAGAGAGGAGAUCCAGAGCCGACCACCAUUAAGACAAACCAAGAGGUGUCUCCCGACACCACUCAGACUUGCCAUCCAGGCCGAGCGCUCCCUGCGAAAGACAAAACCGACUCUUCCGACUCCUCUUCGCACUGCCAUCCAGCAGCGACCUGCACUGCGAUCGACCAAGAGAUCCCUCCCAGCCGACCUCCUGGGACAACUGAAAUCUCGACCCACACUUUGCAAGACAAAGCCGGCACUGCCCACGCCACUGAGGGAGGAGAUACAGAGAGGACUCGCGCUGCGUUCCCUCCACCCAGAACCUCAAACAAAGGCCGCCGAGCCUCGCUCCAAGCGAGCGUAUGCCGACACAAUGUUGGCAUGUGAGACCCCCGUACCUGCUCCUCCGGCCAAGAGAAGGAGGAUUGCCAAAACUCCACUGACCCCUGCUCCCUCCUCUAACAAAACCUCCAGUGUUUCUACACCAGCCAGAUCGUCCAAGAGGGCCUAUGCCACAACUGUCUUGCCAGCAGACCCAGCUACUCCUGCCAAGAGGAUGAAGAUCGCCAACAGCUCCACUCCCAGGGCCUACGACUUUGGACCAUACCUCCAGCCGAAGAAGAACUCACCAGCCGUCAAUCUGACUGGUCUCCCACAUCUUUUCAAAUCUCCCCGUGUCUGCAACUCGGCCGAUCCGGCAGAUGUGUUUGAUGUGAAGCUGUUUGGCGAGUCUCGCGAGGUUGGCUUUGCCUCUCCCCUUGCCACGUCGUCAAAGAAGCCUCCAAGUCGUCCGACUAGUGCUCAGGGUCUGCAAUCCUGUCUCAAGAGCACAGAGCCUUGCUGCUUGUUCACCAUCGGAGUCUCAGACCCUCUCCCCCAGGAGAAGAAGGGGAGGGGGAAACGCACAAGGAAAGUUUGUAGUACUGCAACUACCACUCGAGUCACUCGAUCACGUGCAGUCAAACAGAUGGAGGCUCCACUCCCUGAACUGCCAACCAGGAAGAGGGGCAGGAGUGCCACGAAUAACCCCGAGAAAGAGAACGCCCUACCUCCCCCGACCAAACGUACAACCCGAUCUCGAGCAGCUACAAUUGACACUUCAGAAACAAGAUCUGCACCAGCAGCAACAGCAGUAGCCUCACGAAGGAGGUCACGACUCAACAAGAUGACAGUGCACGAGACAGUUCCAAUGGAGGUCCUGCCAACCAGACCCAGGAGAAGAGCCACAGUCAUGGCUCCCAUCAAUGAAGGUGCCCCAAGCACACACAUGGAAAGCCUUAACAAUGCUCAGUCCAUCAAAGACGAGCAAAGUCAAAAGCCACAGAAGACAGAGGGAGUAGCACCCAUGGCAAGACGAUCAACACGCCGCUAUACAAGAGUGGCCAGUGAUCCUACACCGCAUGCCCCAGCCGAAAAGUCUGUCGUCGAGUUGAAACAGUCAGAG